CUUUUAUGGGGGGAUAGAGUGGUUAUUCCAGAAAAAUUACGAGGGCAUGUGUUGGAACUGUUGCAUGUGGGCCACCCGGGGAUUGUGAGGAUGAAAAGCCUAGCGAGGAAUUAUGUGUGGUGGCCACAAAUGGAUAAAGACAUUAGCGACAGGGUAGGGAAAUGCCAAGCCUGCCAAGAGUCAAGGCCACUACCCCCAACAGCCCCCAUAAGGGACUGGGAGAAACCCCAGGGUCCUUGGUCCAGAAUCCAUAUAGAUUUUGCCGGGCCGUUCCAUGGGCAGACCUUUUUAAUUGUGGUAGAUGCCUACUCGAAGUGGUUAGAAAUUUUGCUCAUGAAAACCACAACAGCAGAAGCCGUAAUCACAGUAUUGAGGCAUCUCUUUGUAACACAUGGGUUGCCCGACACUCUAGUGUCCGACAAUGGCCCGCAAUUCACGGCUACCCAGUUUGAGGGGUACUUAGCGGAAGAGGGCCUUCUGGUGGUACAACAUAGAACCCCCUGUGUGACCACAGGCCGCAGCCCAUCAGAAUUAUUGAUGGGUAGGAAACUCAGGUGCCCCUUAGAUCGGUUAAAUCCAACAUACUCCCCUGAUGGGUACCAAGGUAUAAAGGAAAAAACCAGAGCAAUGACAACAGGUGACCUAGUAUGGGCACAUAACUAUAGUGAAGGCCCAGCGUGGCUAAAAGGAACAAUUACAGGAAUAACAGGACCAAAAUCAUAUGUAGUGGACAUGGGGGACGGCCGAGUGUGGAGACGCCACAUAGAUCAAUUACGAAAAAGAGUACAAAACAAUCCAGAAACCAAACAGCCAGACCCUGACUACCCAAUAUUUGAACCAACAGCUAACUCAAACCCGAGGCGAUCGGAGGACUUAUCUGAGUUUGAAGAAGUCCAGCGACGCCAACCGGCUCCUCCAGAAGACUGCAGGGACGACUCUGCCAAUAAUCCAGGGCCGGAGGGCCCAGAGGAGGAGCUGGGAGGAACAAACAGUCCCUCCGACCAGCUCGACUCACUCCCAGAGAAUGAAUUGCGCAGGUCAGAAAGAGUUAGGAGUGAUAUCUACCUGAGUCAGUUUGGAAGUUACCAGAUUGCUCUGUGUCAGAGUGUUUACAGCAUGACUAUUGUGAGGCAACCCAGGAGCAAAACAGAGGAAUCCGGGAAUCCGAAAACCUGGUUGCCCACAGAAGGCAGGCUGGAUCCCAGUGAAUAA